CAGGCAAAUCCCCGCGUGCGGAGGGUGCCGAGGUAGGGGCUGUCGGGCCAAGUGCGCGGGCUGCCGUCCACGCCACCCCAUCUCUCCAAAGCCAUGGCUUCCAAACUCCUGCGCGCGGUCACCUCGGGCCGCCAGGCUCGGGUAAGGGCACCGUAUGCCAGAGGAUCGCCCAGAACUUUGGCCUCCAGCAUCUUUCGAGCGGCCACUUCUUGCGGGAGAAACCUCAGAGGCCAGCACGGAAGUUGGCGACACGGCAAAGCAGUACCUAGAAAAAGGUCUUUUGGUGCCAGAUCAUGUGAUCACACGCCUCAUGGUGUCAGAACUGGAGACCCGGAGCACCGAACACUGGCUGCUAGACGGGUUCCCGAGGACGUUAGUACAGGCAGAAGCCUUGGACAGAAUCUGUGAUGUGGACCUAGUGAUUAGUCUGAAUAUCCCUUUUGAAACACUUAAAGAUCGUCUGAGCCAAAGAUGGAUUCACCCUUCUAGCGGGAGAGUCUAUAACUUGGACUUCAACCCUCCUCAAGUGCUGGGGGUUGAUGACAUCACUGGUGAGCCUCUUGUCCAACAAGAAGAUGAUAAACCCGAAGCAGUUGCUGCGAAGCUGCGACGGUACAAGGAUGCGGCAAAACCCGUCAUCGAACUGUACAAGAGCCGCGGAGUGCUCCACCAGUUCUCUGGGACGGAGACGAACAAAAUAUGGCCCUACGUUUACACACUCUUCUCAAACAAGAUUGCACCUAUUCAAUCCAAAGAAGCAUACUGAGCCUGCCCUUGGAAGAGCCAAGAAGACGCGGCCGUUCACUCAAUCAUGCGUGUAGUCCUGGUGCCCUGGCCAAAUUAGAAGCUAGCUGAGAUAGCUUGCAGCAUCUUUUCUAGUUUAAGUGAAUGAAGUAAUGAGGAAAACCUAGUGGGUAGAAAGCAUCCAUGAAGAAACCCUCCUCCUCCUGCCUUUGGAAAGAACAUAGAGCCCUAGCCCUGCAGGGGCAGAAGUGAGCCCAGACUGGAUUUCCACCGGUGUUGAGCCCAUACUCUAGAUGGGUUGCAGCCAUGCGCUGCUGCUGUAAUCUUUUUGCACGCGAUGGUGGUGGAAUCUCUGGUUCGUGCGCCUUCCACAGGCUAUUGGACCACAGCCCUGUCAGCCUGAGAACUUGGAGAGCUGAGGUCCUGGCUUGUCCUCCGCCAUACCCUCCUUGAUGAUAAUUGAAUCGAUGCUAAUCGCGCUCAGCGACUGCUUCUCCACGGCCACUGCUUCUCCACGGUGACUGUUUCACCCUCUGAUCUCAGACGUCCUAGUUUCUGCUGACUGCACCCUCUCUCAUCUGCUCGCUCUCUUCAUAAACUGUUCGGUAACAUGAUAGUCUCUGCCUUUAUCCCUCUAAUCUCCUCUCUCUACAGACUGAGAACCAUGGGAACUGAGCCAGGCAGAGAGCUCACCUUGUGAGACAGCUGCUCUGACUGUCUUGAACCCACUCUGUACCUUUUCUUGUUUAAAAACGAUUAAAAAUAAUUCCCUAAAGUUUUGGGGAAUUUUCCAAAAAAAAAGAAAAAACAAACAAACAAAACACCAAGGGGAAUGUUCACUUAAGGAAAUGUGAGAUGAUCGUCUCUUCUGUGUAGAAGUAGUAAUCAUGUGGAAAUCACUGGACUAAUGAGAUGGUUUCGUUUUGGCUUCUUUAUUCAAGGCAAGGUGGGAUAUUGAACGUGCUGCUAAAUAUAAUGCUGACAAUGGUGGUUUUUUUUUGGAGUGAUCCAAGCAGAUGGCAAGAAGUCAGUAAAGGGAGCAAGCCUGGGGGCUUGGAGCAUCUUGCACUGGAUGCACAUUGCACCUGCACUGAGUAAGACAGCUUUACCACUGUGGGAACACAGAUUUUUGGUUUCUUCCUAUUCCAAAGAUGCAGUCUGUAGGCGGCCACAAAGCCCAGAAAUGAAGAUGCUAAUAUUCUGUCGAUCAUCAUGUCAAUAAAACAUUUGUUAAAAGAC